AUGUUGGGAGGCCUUCUUUUCGGUUUCUGGCGAAUAUGUGAGAUCGUCACGCUGAUUCCUGUGCUCGGCAUGCUAGCAUAUUUCGUCGACGGAUUCAACGAUCAACGUCAGCUUACCCCAAACUUUAUCCUCGUGCUCUUCAUUGUCUCUGUCCUCGCCUGCGCUUGGGCCAUUGUAACCCUUUUCCGUCUCUCGUCUACCCGCCGCUCUGCCCACUUCGUUGCCUUCAUCGACCUUGCUUUCGUUGGCGCUUUGAUUGCGGGCGUCUACGAGCUGCGCGGUAUCGCCAAUGCCAGCUGCUCCGACUUUUCCGCCUCCACUGGUGAGAUCUAUGUGAACCUUGGGCCCUUCGGGUAUUAUGGACGACAGAGCAGCGAAGGUGCACAAUUGAGCGCCAACGUCAACAGGAGUUGUGCCAUGUUGAAGGCGAGCUGGGCGUUUGGCAUCAUGAACAUUAUUUUCUUCUUCAUUACAAGCAUUCUAGCCCUUUUGCUGAGGAGGCAUGAGAGGGAGAGGGAGAGCAGGGAGAAAGUGGUUAGGAGAAGCCAUCACGGAAGUAGGCGGGGCCAUUCUACCAGUUCACAUCGCAGACAUAGCAGCAGCAGCCGCAGGUACUAUGUCUAA